AUGAAGUUCUCUGCAGUCCUUUCUACCUUGCUGGUAGCUGGCCUGGUCGCCGCCGCUCCUCCUGCUCCACGCCCUACUGAUAUCCAACCUCACCACCACCCCAACCCUCCUCCCAACGCUCCUCUUCCAAAACCCCACGACAACAACAAGCGUGACGGCCCGGAGCCUCCUAAGGAUGAGCCUACACCCGACGCUCCCAAGCCAGCGAAUGAUGCCCACCCCCAUGAUCAGCCCAAGCCCGUCCCUCAACCUCCUAAGGAUGCGCCCCUUCCCAACAACCCGAAUCCCCCACAGAAGCGCGACGAUGGACCGAAGCCUCCUAAGAAUCCUCAGCCAAAACCUCAACCAAAGCCCCAGCCUAAGCCCCAGCCUAAGCCUAAGCCCCUCGAUGACAAGCCUCAGGAUCCGCCUAGGCCCAACUAG